AUGCCCAAGACUGUUGACGAGUGCACGCCAGAUUCAGUGAUGAAAUCAUCAGUUACCACAUCUCCGGGAACAGUUGGAGCAAUUUAUUCUCCGAGCACUCUGAGUGUUCUAUCUUGUGAAACCCAGGGUGAUCCUGGCGUUUCUAUGAAAUAUGGACAUCUCACAGACUCUACCUCGCCGCAAAACGCAUCACACGAGGCAAGGUACAAAGCGGGAUUAGAGCCUGACCAUAUCGUGAGUCUGGGUGAAUAUGUUGGAGCCGACGAAGCUUCUGUCAGUUCUUUAUUCGGCACCGCCUCAUCUAUCGUUGGGCGAGAUAGCGUCUUCGAGGAGGUUUCUCGGUUGAGUGGCGCAUUUGUGAAGCCGCCAGCUGACAGCGAUAAGCAAAUUUUGAUAUGGGGUAGUAUGGAUGAGGUCGAUGCUGCUAAAGCCAAGCUUCAGGAUUUGGUGAUCAAAUAUCGUGAUUUUCACUUAGCAGAAGUCGACAGAUCAUCUCAUGCAGGGACGAGCAGCCAUCAAACUUUGUCGCGUUCCCGUCUAGAAAGACGUCAACUGCCAAGAUUCAAAAAAAAUGAGCCUUGGAGCAAGUUGUCGGUCUAUCACAGCAUUGAAAAAGCUCACCAGAAGCGAGAGGCGAUGGCAUUGGAGGAGCUUCGAAAGGCUCCAGAGAGACUGGAACAAAUGAACAAGCUCCUCUUUCUCUGGCCCGAUGAUGAUUCGACUCCUCAAGAGUGCUUGGGUCGAGACCUAGAGAAGCUCGACAAUCUGCGCUCGGAUCUCCAGGUGAACGCUUUCCUAGACCCGAAAAAUGAAAGUAACAUCAUUGUCACAAGCAUGCAUGAUCUUGAUUACGCUUGUGUGGCUGAGUUUCUCCGAAAUUUAGGGAAAGAAGCAAUGAGAGGGACGGGCAUGUACGUCAAGAAGCUGAUGCUUGCACCCGUCGCUGCAAGAGACGUGGCGAUUGGAAUUGGCAUCGCAAAGAGCAACACUUUUUCGAAGCCCUUUCUGCAGGUCUCAAAAACUGAGGAUGUAACGUUUGUCGAACAAAGCUUGUCUCAAAGUGUCGGUACUGCCUAUUCUCGACACUUUGUAGCAAUCGAAGAGAGCCUACGAACUUCACUUCGUGGUCUCGGUAAUUUUAAUAACCUCCUCAGACUACGAUUCUGCUUUGGUUCCUUCGUUUUGGAGAAAUAUCGCUGUCCAGAGAACAUUAUCGGCUUAUUCAAGCCCUCUCAAUUUGAGACAAUGAUUGGACACAGCGAGGUCAGAGGCCGUCUUGCUGCUGGCUUCAAGAUCGACGCCAAUGAGAUGCUUCAAAGAUUCCGUUGUGCCGAUGAUCUGCUAGAGCCCAUUAGUCAGGAGCGACGUCUCCAUGAGCUUGAACUCAUGGAGCCGACUCAUUCGGCUAUCGUCGAGGUGGUCAAAGGUCCCUAUUCACAGCUUCGGCUGGAGUUAUACCUCAACAGAAUUGGAUCCACUGGCGAAAUCGAGACCAAGGGUCAUCGUUGGUUCAGAACAUGUCCAGGAGAAGAGCAGAGCCUCACGACCCCUUUGCAGCUCGUGAUGAUUGAUUUUUAUCGAGCCGAUUGGCAAUAUACCCUCAAAUCUUUCAACGUGGUAAGAGACAGAGAACUGACCAAAGCGCAACAAGAGCUUGCAUCAGGCAUUCGAUUUGUCGGCACCAUGGACAAUCAGCACUUUGGCUCUGAUGCUACCAUGAGUAUCUUUGUUCCCAAAGGGACACCCGACAUCCGUAUUGUCAAAAAGUCAGCUGUGCAGUUCAAAGUCAAGAAGACGCGCUUACUACUCGAACUUUCUCGUUUUGAUAUCUACAACAAAACCUCUUUUCUGAGAUCACAGUUCGGCUCCACACUUUAUGAUCCGAGCUGGGAUACUCUCAUGGAUGGCACAAAGGCUGGGAAAGGCGGUUCGAGAAUUCCACAAGAGCUCAGUCUGGACAAACUCUUCCCAAUUCCGAGUGAUGGUACUCCAAAGGAAGGCAAAGCCAACGGUCUAUGGUCCUUUCUGGUUACUGUUCAGAAAAUUGCAGAGUUGACCGGUGGGCCAGAGGUCGACUUGGAUAAGAAGACAAGGGAUGAGAGAAUGGCUAAGCUCAUCGGCCACGAGCUUGGAACGUUGUUGUAG